AUGAGCAGCUUCGUGACGAGCAUGCUCGCGACGGCCGCGACCGCCUCCGCAGCCGACGAGAAAGCGCGCCGACUCUUCACGCCCCACGUGUUGGCAACACUGACAAGCAUCACGCAGCGCCAGCCGGCAUCACCGGCGCGGGAGGCCAGUGGCUGGGACUUUGAGCACAAGAUGGCAGCGCUCUUGGACCUCCAGGACGCACUUGAGGCCGCAACGUUCAACUACAAGGACUUUGGCGACUUACCACCCAUGUCACGGAAGCCACUCGCUCUCUUGACGCUCGUGCAAGGCCAAGAUGCCCUCCUCGACCUCUGGGCUUUCUUUUUAGAGAUGUGCGACGUCGUGCCAGCGCGGACAGGUGCGCGCGGCCUGCUCCUCCGUCUUGCAGGCUGCAUGUGUCGGCGACUCGAAUUUACGGAGCACGUGUCACUACACGGCGCCACGCUUGAGAUGGAGCCCUCCGUGAAGACGCGCAUCCAAGGCCUGCUGCUCACGAGUCUCCAGUAUUGCGGGAACAAGCUAGAAAAGAGUCGCAUCUUGACGCAGGACCACGCGUACUUUGCCUCCCACGUGUACACGGCAGCCAUCUACAGAUUCCCCGUUCAUGUCGGUCAGCCCAUCCUGCGCGCCAUUGCAGCGUACACCACGCAGUUGGCGACGUUACCCACACCAGGAUUCAAAAAGACGCCGUCCAAGGGUACCUCAAUGCCAACAAAUCUCGACGCAACGGUAUGGCUCUGCGCUGUUGUCGACACUACUACGCGCACCGAGAAGGCUAGCGAGCAAAGCAAUCAUUGCCGUGCAGAUGGCUCUGAUCAAUCGACAUCAGUUGAUGCAACCAUUGCCGCCUACGACAUGUACACGCUGCAUUGCCCGCGCCGGGAGCAUGAGUCACAGCGCAUUCUGUCGACCGUGCGUGAGACCCUCGACAACGCCCUCGCAGCAGCUACGGGUGAUGGCCAUGCAUUCAUCCGCGCCUGUCCGCAGCUGCACACAGCCGUCUUCUCUGAAGCUGCGCUGUGGACCGACCGCCCGCUAGAUGCCGCCGUGAUCUCGGCCGCGACAACACCGUUCCUGGACCGCCUCGCGACGCCGACGCGUGAUUCAAUUCUCUGUGCAGCAUUCCUCUCGACCUUUGUUGAAGACUCGGUCAUUUGGAGCUCGGUCUUGGCGCCAUCGAUUGUCUGGCGCUGCUUGCCAGGCUAUGACGUCAUCAUCCAUGCGUUCGUUCAAGUGUUUUGCAAGGUGGCGGGGCGCCGGAAGAAGGCGUCGACGGCGCUCUUUCCUCCUCCACCGCAGCCCAAGUCCCCCUACCGCGGUACUUUAGCGUCAACCGCUACCAAAUCGGUCGUGGAUCCAUGGGCCCCGUACUGGGCUCCAAACGAACUCGAGCCCAUAUACGAUGGGCUCGGUGACAUUCUUGGCAACGACGCCCUCCUUAACGUCUUCGUGCAGAUUGUGCUGGAGGGCAUUAACCUGUACGACCCACAAAGCGUCGACUAUGGCUUCAACUUGCUUCAGCGCGUGCUCGAGGCAUCCGCAUACAACCACCGGGCAUCCAGCGUCGAUGACCGAGGCCAGCUCCCCGAGUCGCUGGACAUCGUCGUGUACAUGGACGCGCUCCGGUCCGCGCUCGCGUCGAGCCAUUUCCAGAUCUUGCUCAAGGUGCUCGCCUUCUUUUACGCCACAAUUGAUCUCUUUGAUCCGACCCGUCGGCGCCGCGUCGUCUCGGAGCUGCUCCUUCACGACCACUUUUUCCAGCUCUUUCUCCACUGGAACGAAGAGGUUCGGCGCAUGUACGCACACGUGCUCGUAUACAAGCUCUUUAAGUCGCACCGCUUUGACCUGCCGCUCGUCUCGGACCGCGUGUUGUUAGCUCCGAGCCCUUUCUUCCGUCUCUACAAUGCACCGACACCGACGUUUCUUGCGGGUCUGGCGCAUCUUCUGGGGCCGCAGAAGGUGCAGACGACGACGUUCAUCCGCCCACCCGACCACGGCGCUGCGUUGGAGCGUCUACUUGUGUGGGACACGUCGGCGACGCUGCGCCAGGCCACGAAGCAAGACCAGCUCUUUCGUGACAGUCUCGCCGACGACGCACUGAUGCUCGACUUGUCGAUCGCUAGCAAGCUCGACGCGCUUCUCAAGAUGGUCGCGGAGCAGGUCGGUGGUGUCGGUGCCGGGUACUACCCAGCGCCACUCAUGAGCUACGCGAAGAAAGCUGUGAGCCAGUACGUCGGGCUCCUCUGGGGCUACUACCAAUCAGCCUUCGAGGACCCGGUCCACCGCUGUCCGAACGCGCCGGACCUUGAGUUUACGGUGCAAAACUUUUUUGGUGCCGAUUAG